GACCUUGAUCUUUAUACUUAAUGAAUGAUCUUCUAUAGUGAACUGAAUCCCUAUGUAUUAAUUCUGUGGUAGGUAUAAAUUUAUGUUUUCAUUUUGUUGUUUUCAUUUUCCCUUAUGAAAACUUAGAUUUCUUGCUAAAUUAUUACUUUAUUCUGGGCAGAGUGGAGUUGUGUAAUUAUUGUGGGUUGAGUGCUAUGUAGAUAUAGUUGUUUAGUUGGUAAUUCACAUAGAAGAAAUUUUUUUAAUGUUUCUAUGGAUUUUAAUUUUUGGAGCUUUUUAGAAGAAUGGACUAAUAGAUGGAAAUAAUAACAAACGAAAAAAAGGUUGUAAGUUUAUAAGAGUUCAAAUUUAAAAGCAAAAGCAUGGGCUAAAUUAUUGAAGUUUUGGAAUCUACUUUUCAUUUAUGGAAUUGGCCCUUGAUCAGCUCAGACACCAGUAAAAAGCCUUCUCAAGAGCAAUAGACUGUAAUUUGUAACUGUGACAAGUUUUGUAUUACUAAAUAAUAUGUGCAAAGAUAAAGGUAAAGGAAAAAGGAAGUUGCUUGCUUUAUACGAUAAGGUGUAAAGAUACAAAAGAUAGGAGGGUAGUGGAUAUCUUUUUAAGGAAAGUGACACUUAAUGUGGAAAACUAAAUUUUGCUGACUUAGAGAUCUUGGCUGAUAUUUCUUAUAGCCAAGUUAUGCUAUCCAUCUAGAUAGCUGCUUUUUUUUUUCACUAUAGAAAUCACAGCAAUUUCUGAUCUCAGCCUUGGUCUAUUCUCCUCCUGAUUAAUUUCACUUGAUCUAUCCAAGUACUAACAUCUUAGAGGAAACAUAGACCUUGUCCUAGAAUCUAAAUUGCCAAUAGCCUGCGGUGACAUGGAAAAACAGACAAACAAAUCCUUGGUUCAAAACCUUAUAGAAAGAUGCCUUCAACUCUACAUGACGCAGAAGGAAGUUGUGGAAACUCUGCUGGCUCAGGCCAAAAUUGAGCCUGGUUUUACUGAACUUGUUUGGCAAAAGCUUGAAGAAGAGAAUCGAGAAUUCUUCCAGGCUUAUUAUCUCAGACUGAUGGUAAAGCAACAAAUAAUGGAAUUCAACGAGCUACUUGAGCAACAGGUGCAACUCAUGCAUCAGAUUCAUCCAUCUGGAGUUUCCUCAAUCUCUAAUUUGAAUGGACCACAUUUGUCACAGAUGCCCCAGAACUGUGCGCCAGAGAACACAGGAAAAGCUCGGAAGCAGGAGAGCUUGCAGCAUCUCAUGGGAUCUAGUUUGCCUAAUGUAUUCAGUAAUAGUAGUUCAUCUUUGUACAUUGGGACACAUGCUAGUAUUGAGCUUCCUACCCAUGCCAGCAGGAUUCAUGCACCAUCAGCCAUGCUUUCAACUCAGAAUUCAAAUAUGGGUUUGAUGCAAGAAAUAAAUGGGAAGAUGCUAAAAUCAGCAGCUGGUUUUUCACGCAGUUCUGCUUACAUGUUUGGUGCUGAGAGCAGUCUUCUAGAGACACGUCCAACAAUUGGGGAUACAGCUUUCAAUAGUGCAGAACCAAGCACACAAUCACUAAAUGAACCACUUCCGGAUGCUGACAUUUCUUCAUUUGGACUUUUAGGCCAGAUCUCUCUCAAUUUCAAUCUUUCAGAUCUCACAGCUGACUUUUCUCCGAGUUCAGGUAUACUGGAAAGCUACCCCCGAUCACUCUUUUUAGGAACAGAUAAUGAAAAUUUCUUGGAUUCUCAUGAAAGAGAACAUCAAGGUCCAACUGCUGCUCUAGGCAAACAAAGGUUUGUAUAUAACAUUUUGGAAGCUGAAAAUUUCAACUCCUUUGGUUUAUAGACAGAAGUUCACUGACGAUGAUUGGAUGGUUCGAAGAUUGGAAAACAGGUUAAAAAUAAAUUCAAAGGAACAUGCAUAGUGUUUUGUUUUCCUUUUGUGCCUAUGAUGUUUACUCAGUCAACUUGCUUUUGUCUUGGAAUCUGUGUGGCACUGUGGUGUUGAAUGCUUCCUAUGAUAAUCUUAUUGAUAGGUAAUGAGGGAUGGGCAUUUUGGUUGACUAUAUAUAAUUACAUGUGCAUAUAUAACUAAGGCCUUUUCGUUUGAAAUAGGGUUUUUGGAUUACGUUCAGUUGAGCAUCUUCCAAAAGUUUUAAUGUCAGAAGUUUGUAAACCAAUAUGCAGAAAUAUGAAUAAUAUCAGAUAAAAUUUGAGUUUUACUCUUCAUGGAGUAUCAUUAAGAGGUGGCAUUUAGGAGAUCCAGAGUUUGAAUCUGGAAGUUUGUAAUCCUGCCCUAAUCCUUGAGUUGUAGCUUCUUUUGUAAAUAUCGUACGGUUUUAUUUUAUCUUAUAUAAUCUUGUUUUAGAUUUGUUUGCUUUGUUGGGAUGGAAUGACUUCAAAAUUAUCACUUUGUCCAUAAUUUGGUCUUGUGUUGAUUCUUGUAGAGUAAAGUUAAAAGGGAAGAUCCAUUGCCGUUAGUUUUAGCCACUGCAGUUACACCCUCGGUUGUGAUAUUGUAAUUUUCUAUAUAAUGAUUUGCUUGGGCUUAGCCAUCGCUGGUGAGGCGGCACAAAGUAUUUUUUAAUUGCCUUAGACGCACAAAGUUGAAUUUGUUUAUUUAUUUUUGUCAAAUGAGGGAAUCUAAACCUCUCGUUCUCAUCUCCUUCUUGACGCUAGAGAGUGAGAGUUGAGCUUCUAUGAGAGGCCUUCUGGCCUUCGGGCCGGCAUCAAGCAUCUUCCUCGCCGUUAAGGCCCUCCUUUCUCUUUUUGUUUUGGUUCACCAAUCUUCUUUGGUAGUUCAGCGAAAUAAUGUUUAGAUAUUGCUUCUGCUGUCUUCCUUUAGCCUUCGGUCGUCGUGGAACGGACGACUGAGAUCUCAGUUGUUAUAUGGUCGUCACCACGGUUGUUAGGAGCCACCUCCUUUCGUUAUGGCGAGGUCCACUUCUGAUGGUUCCUGCUUUUGCUUUCUUGCCGGCGAAGCCCUUUCGCUUGAUGUUCUGGCUUCGACGCUACUUUGGGGCCAUGACGUUUGAAUUUUGAUAGAUAUCUGGAGUCAUCGCACCAGAACUUGUUUCUAGUGGUUGUCGCUACUGAAAUGGCUUUGGCUCCACCUCCAUCGACAUUCGACCAGCUCCAUAAUGCUUUUGGUACUGUGUUUUGGACUUUGUUAGUGGCAUGAUCUUUACCAGAGUUGUGCAUGCCGUAGCUGGGUACAGUUGUCAUGUCCCUUAGUUUCCCUGGUGCUUUCUCUUCUCCGUAGUGGCUGGUGAAUGCUCUUAGGUUUUUUCAUUUUCCUCUAGGGGGAUGGGGAGUUGUGUCGGGCUUUUAAGCCCUUGUUUUCAUUAUUGUUUAUUUCUGGGAUUUUCUGACUCGUGUUGUACUUGACCUUUUAUGGAAUGAAUCUUCCUAUUAGCAAAAAAAAAAAAAAAAAUGUUAUAAAUUAAA